AUGUCGACGCAAUACGAGCUUCCAUUCAAGCUCUCCGACCCUACCCUCCUCCACUUUGACGCCUUUGUGAACAACACCUGGGUGCAAUCCGUGAGCGGCAAACACUUUGAAGUGAUCGACCCCGGCACGACCCUCCCCUGGGCCCGCAUCCCAACCUUCACGCCCCCCGACAUCCCCUCCACCGUGCAAUCCGCCCACCUCGCCUUCGAAUCCUACAAAACGCUCCCCCCCUCCCGCCGCUCCCACCUCCUGACCACCUGGGACACCCUCAUCCGCACCCAUGCCGCAGACCUCAGCCAAAUCCUAACCCACGAAACGGGCAAACCCCUCCCCGAAAGCCUCGCCGAACUCACCUACGCCACUAGCUUCACGCACUGGUUUGCCGCCGAGGCGGAGCGCAUCACCGGCACCCUCUCCACCGCAUCCUCCAUCCCGGGCCGGAGAAUCCUAACCCUAAAGCAACCGAUCGGGGUAUCUGUCGCGCUGGUACCGUGGAAUUUUCCCAUCGCGAUGGUCCUCCGGAAAGCGGCGGCCGCGUUAGCAGCAGGAUGUAGUAUCAUCGUGAAACCAUCCCCAGAGACACCGGUUAGUGUGCUCGUUCUCGCGGAAUUGGCUCGUCGGGCGGGGUUUCCGGCUGGGGUGUUUAACGUCGUGACUACCGACAUUGAACAUACCCCUGGUGUGAGUGAGGCGUUAUGUACGCAUCCCCUCGUCAAAAAGGUCUCCUUCACUGGAUCAACGGCCAUCGGGAAGAUAGUAGCGGGGUACUGUACCCCCGGUUUGAAGAAGUUGACGUUAGAGUUAGGGGGCAACUGUCCGUUCGUGGUCUUCGACGAUGCGGAUUUAGAUGUCGCGGUGGAAAGUCUGAUGAGUCUGAAGUGGAGACAUGCCGGGCAGGCGUGUAUUUCGGCGAAUCGGAUAUAUGUUCAGCGCGGGGUGUAUGAGAGGUUUGUGGGGAUGUUGAAGGAUCGGACGGAGAAGUUGGUGGUGGGACAUGGUGCGACGGAGGGGGUGGGGAUGGGGCCGUUGACGACACAGCGGGGGGUGGAAAAGGUGGAGAGGCAGGUGGAGGAUGCGAGACGGUUAGGGGCCGAGGUGGUAUUGGGGGGCGGGCGAGUGGAUGGGUUGAAGGGGUUUUUCUUCCAGCCGACGAUCUUGACUGGCAUGACCGGGGAGAUGUUGGUGAGUCGGGAGGAGUCGUUUGCGCCGUUGGCGGCGGUGUAUGUGUUUGAUGGGGAGGAGGAGGCCGUGCGGUGGGCGAAUGAUACGAGUAUGGGGUUGGCGAGUUAUGUGUUUACCAAGGAUGCGGAUCGGUUGUGGAGGUUGUUUGAGAAUUUGGAGGCCGGGAUGGUGGGACUCAAUACCGGGAGUAUGUCGGCCGCGGAGGCGCCGUUUGGGGGGAUUAAGGAGAGUGGGUAUGGCAAGGAGAGUGGGAAGGAUGUUGCGGUGGAGGAGUAUUUGAUUAUCAAGACGGGGACGUUGACCGUGCAGGGUCAUUAUUAGGUACAGUUGCUUGCUGCUUGCUGCUGCUUGCUGCUUAGUUUUGCUUUAGUUGUGUUGUUUAGUGUGGCUGCUAUGUAU